AUGAAGAAUGUGACAGCGUGUUUACCAACACACAGAGCAUGUAACUCUGCAGAUCCACGGACACUAGACGCCAAGGGCGGUCCGGUCGGGAUCGAGUCUAUUCAGAGCUCAAUACGCGGUUAUUCAUUGACUCCCUCAUCUAGCAAGGGGCGUCUGGAAUGCGCCAGUCAAGGCAUGCGGGAGGCUGCAUGCUUGCUUGGUCCAAAGGACAAAGAAUUGGGGACUGACACCUUUCAACAAGCAGUUGCUCAUAGCAGUUGCUCUGGUCCGCCGCCUCCUUGUGAUAAAGCCGUUGCUCGGACUAGUCCUGUUGCAUUCCCAUCAUGCUGCCUAAUUGACUCUGACAAUUUGUUUAUUAGAAUAGGACUGCUGUGUUAUGCGGACAAACAUCCAGCAUUAUGGUUCCCAGUCAUCGAACUAGUACUUUCACGAGGCUUAUGCUGA